AUGUUGUCCAAGCACAUCGACCCCGACCACCUCAUCCAGCAGGCGCGCGACAAAGAGACCAGCAAGAAGACCGCGCACGCGCAUCUUCUUACACAAAACGACCCAAACACCCAGUCCCACACCUACGGUGCGCGUUACGGCACUUCCUCGUUCCCCAAGUUCAAGCUUCCGUCCACGGGUAUCGAUGCGGAUCAGGCGUACCAGAUGGUGCACGAUGAGCUCUCGCUCGAUGGCUCGCCGCUGCUCAACCUCGCCUCGUUUGUGCACGUAUGGAUGCCCGACCCGGCUAUGAAGCUCGUUCAGGAGAACAUCAGCAAAAACCUCAUCGAUCAAGACGAGUAUCCGAUGACGCAGGCCAUCCACACGCGCUGCAUCUCGAUCUUAGCUGACCUGUGGCACGCGCCCGCGGCUUCCAAGGCCGUCGGUACCGCAACGACUGGCUCCUCCGAGGCGAUUCAGCUCGGUGGUCUCGCCAUGAAGCGCAUCUGGCAGGAGAAGCGCAAGGCCGCUGGCAAGAGCAUUCACGAACCUGGCCCGAACAUCGUCAUGGGCGCCAACGCUCAGGUCGCACUUGAGAAGUUCGCGCGCUAUUUCGAGGUAGAGUGCCGCCUCGUGCCGAUCUCCGAGGAGAGCCACUAUCGCCUCGAUCCCAAGAAGGCGAUGGAAUACGUGGACGAGAACACUAUCGGUGUCUACGUUAUACUCGGCAGCACUUACACCGGUCACUACGAGCCGGUGAAGGAGAUGUCUGACCUUCUCGACGAGUACGAGGCCAAGACUGGUAUCUCUGUGCCCAUCCACGUUGACGGUGCCUCCGGCGCGUUCGUUGCACCAUUCACGAACCCGAAGCUCGAGUGGGACUUCAAGAUUCCGCGUGUAGUCUCGAUCAACACUUCCGGCCACAAGUUCGGUCUCUCAUUCGUCGGUGUCGGCUGGGUCGUCUGGCGCUCGCACGAGUACCUGCCUAAGGACCUAAUCUUCGAGCUGCACUACCUUGGAUCCGUCGAGUACUCGUUCUCGCUCAAUUUCUCUCGUCCCGCGCACCCUAUCAUCGCGCAGUACUUCAACUUUAUUCACCUUGGCUUCAAGGGCUACCGCGAUGUCGCGCUCGCGGACCUGAAGAACGCGCGCACGCUUUCACGCGCUCUCGAAGCGUCUGGUUACUUCACUGUGCUGAGCGACAUCCACCGCCCUGCUAAUCCUGAAGCUGGUGCACUCCAGAAGGCCGUGCAGACGUUCAGGAGCACCGACGUCGAG